AUGGCUUCCAACACAAAGGAAUGUGACUACCUUGUGAUCGGUAUUGGUAGCGGAGGUAUCGCCUCGGGGCGACGAGCUGCCAAACAUGGCGCCAAGGUCAUUGCCGUCGAAUCCAAACGAUACGGCGGUACCUGCGUGAAUGUCGGCUGUGUUCCAAAAAAGGUGACCUGGAACGCGGCAGCCAUUGCGGAAACAUUCAAACAUGCCAAAGCAUACGGUUUCCAGGUCAGCGAACAACCGGCAUUCGACUGGCCGUACUUCAAAAAGAAGCGGGAUGCCUACGUGAAGCGACUGAACGGCAUCUACGAGAACAACCUCAACAAGGAUGAAAUCGAGCAUCUCAAGGGACGCGCCAAGUUUGUCGCAAAGGACGAGGUUGAGGUCGCGCUUGAGGGUGGAGGUACUCAGCGCAUCAAGGCGAAGCACAUUCUCAUCGCUACGGGUGGACGGCCAAAGCUGCCCAGUAUCCCCGGAGAGGAGCUCUGCAUCUCUAGCGAUGGCUUCUUCGACCUCGAGAAGCAACCGAAGAGCAUUGCAACCAGCGGUGCAGGGUAUAUUGGCGUCGAGAUGACGGGCAUGCUCCACGCCCUCGGCACGAAGACGCAUUUCUUCAUCCGCGGCGACAAGCUCUUACGAUCCUUCGACCCCAUGAUCCAAGACGCCGUCACCAAGGAGUACGAGCAUCAAGGCGUCAAUCUCUACAAGGGCUCACAGAUCACCAAAGUGGAGGACAUUGGUAACGGACUCAAACGUGUCACCUACCAGGAAACCAAGACAAAGAGGGAAUCAACCAUCGAAGUCGAGGAAGUCCUCUUUGCCACUGGUCGCGUACCCGAAAUCGAAGACCUAAAGAUCAAAGACUUUGGCAUCAAGCUUAAUGACAAGAACCACAUCGUGACCGACGAUUACCAAAACACCUCGCUCCCCAACAUCUACGCCAUUGGCGACGUCUGCGACCGCGGCUUCGAACUCACACCCGUGGCCAUCGCUGCCGGCCGAAAGCUCUCCGACCGCCUCUUUGGAGGCAAGCCCGAUGCACACCUCGAGUACCACAACAUCCCCAGUGUUGUCUUUGCACAUCCCGAGAUUGGCUCCAUCGGCCUGACGGAGCCUGAAGCUCGUGAGAAGUACGGCGACAAGGUGAAGGUCUACAAGGCGGAAUUCACUGGCAUGUACUUUGCUAUGAUGGAACCUGAGGAGAAGCAGGUGACUGCCUACAAGAUCGUUGUCGUUGGUGAGGAAGAGAAGGUUGUAGGGCUACAUAUCUUGGGUCAGGCAAGUGGCGAGAUUCUACAGGGUUUCGGCGUGGCGAUCAAGAUGGGUGCCACGAAGAAGGAUUUCGACAACUGUGUGGCUAUCCACCCAGUAUCGGCUGAGGAACUGGUCACCAUGACUUAA